UUGAACCAUCUUCAAGCUGUUACAGAUCAAACCAACUUUAUAUUUUGCCUUUCAGAUGGUGCUAUUGAAUAUCUCAUCGAUAUCACUAAAGAUUUGGGAUUUGAGAUCAACAUCUUGGAACCAGUUCCACGGAAUCCGGUUUUGAUAUUGACACUUCGUGGCAGCUGUCCUUCUUUACCGACUCUCAUGCUCAACUCCCAUAUGGACGUUGUUCCUGCUUUUUGGAAGUGCGAUCCAUUUGAAGCGUAUAAAGAUUCAUCUGGCAACAUAAUAGCUCGGGGCGUUCAAGAUAUGAAAUCGAUAGGAAUGCAGUAUAUUGAAGCUGUCAGAAGACUGAUCAAAGAAAAACGGCGAAUGAAAAGAACAGUUCAUUUGACAUUUGUGCCAGAGGAAGAAGCAGGUGGCGUUUUGGGAAUGGGAGCCUUUGUUGAAACUGAUGAAUUCAAAGCGAUGAAUGUUGGAUUAGCACUUGACGAAGGCAUAGCAUCAACAAAUGACACGUACAACAUUUUCUACACUGAAAGGGUUGCAUGGUGUAAUGCUACGCUUUGGGAAUCAAACAGCAAUUUACUGUUUAUUUCGUUGCUGCUCCAGUCAAGUCUUUUCUGGAUGAACUUUGGUGACAUCAGUACUAGCACUGAUAUGCUGCUAAAUUUUGUCUUAAACUACUUCAAUCACUUUUCUGACUCAUCUGUUAGGUGGUUGCAGAUUGUGGACAGUUUUCUUUUUGAAUAA